CUGAGAAUCGACUUCUAGGAAACGGUAAAUUUUAAAAGCCAAGCCUUUAGCCUCCGUCCUUCAUACGUCUGGACCCCACUCUGGCGACAACACACUCCGAAGCGCUGCUGUACAAAACUGAACCUUUUACAUUUUUAGUUUAUUAGUUUUAUGUUUUUAACCAGCUGCGCGGUUUUACACCCAGGACCGAGGCGCUGUUGAUGUCUGUGACAGGAGCAUUUCCUGUCGUCGAACGAGACAUUUGUGUCGCGUUUUCAGUCCACAUUUUCAAACAAGCUCUUUUUAAUAAUAACAAUAUUAUAAAAGCGGCUGUUUUUGAGCUUCUCUUUAUGAUUUGGUUAAUAUCUGAAGAGAUUAUCUAAAAGGACUUUUCCCUUUCGGAGGAUUUAUUAGUAUGAUUCUUUGUGAGCGCRGUCCCAGGACUCUGACCACUGAGGGCCUUCGGGGUAUGAGGGAGGGAACCGUACCCCCGACCUCCUGCCUUCAAAGCACAUCUCACGUCUGGGACCCCAUAAAGGAGCUGACAGCCAUUCGGCUAAACCUGUGCUAUCUUGAAAAUUCAGGAUGGUAYUGGGGAGCUCUAACAGCGGCGCAGGCUCAUGCCGCCCUCCAAGGAGCAUCGGAGGGGACCUUUUUAGUACGGGACAGCAGCCACCCCAUGUACAUGCUGACCCUGACGGUCAGGACUGCACGCGGCCCCACCAGUAUACGGAUCCAGUACAGCGACACCCGCUUCCUGCUGGACGCUAGCUCCCCGGCCCGCUCCAGCCUCUCAUCCUUCCCAGACGUGCCCAGCCUGGUGCAGCACUACAUGGGCGCCGAGAGGAGAGCGGAGGAGCAGAGAGUAAAGAAGGACAAGCAGCAGCAGCAGCAGCAGCAGCAGGAGGAGGAGGAGGACGACACGUGGAAGUCCUCGGAGCACGCAGUCCAGGACAUGCCCGUGGUGCUAAAACUGAAGCGACCUGCGUACAUAUCCUGGAGCCUGCCCUCGUUACAGCACCUCACGCGCCUCGUCAUCAAUCGACACACCGACUGCCCCGACGAGCUGCCGAUCCCACGACCCAUGCAGCGUUUUUUAAAGGAAUAUCCCUUCAAGGUAUGAGAGGAGGAGGAGUGGGGGGUGGAGGAAAGUCGGUCGACUUGACCCCGCUUGGCUGAAUCUCGGCUUAUUUAAGGGAAGAAAAACUCUUGAACAGGUCAUUUGUGCCUGUAGAGGCCAGUCCAGAAAAAAUGUUUCUGACAAAAAAAAAAAAAAGAAAAGAAAGAAAUGUGCAAAUUCAAGUUCAGACUGACGUGUCAAAGACUGGGUGCAAAAACAAAAAGAGCCCAGAAAAAGAAACCCAGUACUGUGACUGUAAUUACUUUAAAGACAGACGUGGAACAUCACAACUUCUGCAUUUUCAUAUUGUUUCUAAGAAAUACACAGAUUUCAUUGAGACAUAUUUUAUGUCAAUUUAUUAUUAUUUUUUUCCCCUCAGAAGAGCAUUUUGUACUUUUUACAUGUGUAAAUAUUUCUAAUAAAAUACACAAUUUGAGAAAAGAAGUGGCCCGUUGUUCAUAUCUUUGCUUCCCUAUUUGUGGGGAAAUAACCGUUGUUAACAAUCACAUGCCGGCUGCUCUUGUGACACUUAUUGCAAAACAUUUUCACCACUAAUCACCUUUGAGACACAAAGACUCGUGGCCUUUGAGCUUUUAGUUUUGAGAGAAAAGCAGAUUGUGUGAGGAAGUGUGUGUGUGUUUUGCUCAACAAUGCAUAUGGACUGCAUCUGAGUCAGCGGGGUGGACAAGCGGAGGGGAGGACCCAUUCAUCAGMGGAUUCACAGAACCACUGAAUGCUUCCUGGGAGGAGUGAGGGUGAUUCUGAGAGGGAGCGUUCUAAGAAAAGCUUUGGUAAUUACCUACAGGUCUGUGUCUGCUUUUGUGCUGUCGUGCACG